AUGUCAGUAGAUAAAAUUGAAUAUACAGUAGAGGAUAUAGAGAAACAGAAGAAAUCAGGUGAAGGAAAGGAUGGGAAGGAUGGUAUAUUUGAGGUUGAUAAAACUGAAGGUGCUGUAAAGGAGACUGAAUACACGGUUCUUCCGAUUCUUAAUAAAUUAGCUGCCAAGUUAAGUGCUGAGACCAAAGGUAUUGAAAGAGUGACAGAUGAAGAGAAGACUGACACAUCUAUUUUAAAUGCUGCAUCCAUGUGGUUUUCUGCUAAUAUGGUUAUUGCUGCGUUUGCAUUGGGCGCUUUGGGGCCUGCGGUAUUUGGUUUGAACUUUUGGAUGUCAGUAAUAGCUACAGUUUUGUUUACUUUUAUAGGAUUAUUCCCAGUUGCAUAUUUCUCUAUUUUUGGUGUGGAGUUUGGUUUGAGACAAAUGGUGCUGUCUCGGUUCCUGAUGGGUAAUGUAACCGCUAGAAUAUUCUGUUUGAUCAAUGUUGUAGCGUGUAUUGGCUGGGGUGCGGUCAAUACCAUUGCAGCAGCCAGUUUAUUGCAUAUGGUCAACCCUGACGGUGCUAGGUGCCCGCCUUGGGUAGCGUGUUUUAUCAUUACCAUUUUGACUGUUAUAGUGACAUUCUUUGGUUACAAGGUUAUCCAUGCUUACGAGAAAUGGUCGUGGGUACCCAACUUCGUUGUGUUUUUAAUAAUCAUUGCACGUUUGAAGAUAUCUGGUAAUUUUACAGCUGGUGACUGGGACCAUAAGAGUGUUGACGCAGGUGCGUUCCUUUCCUUUGGUGGUGUGAUAUUUGGAUCUGCCUCUGGGUGGGCUACGUAUGCUGCAGAUUAUACGGUUUACAUGCCAAGUAAUACCAAUAGAUACAAGAUAUUUUUCUCAUUAGUCGCUGGUUUGUCCUUCCCAUUGUGCUUUACUUGUAUCUUGGGUGCUGCAGCAGCAAUGUGCAUACGUAGCGAUCCAGUUUGGAAUAGGUAUUAUAAUGACUACUCCAUUGGGGGGCUUUGCUAUGCUAUUUUGGUUGAGAACUCUUUGAGUAGGUUUGGUGAAUUCUGCUGCGUGGUACUAGCAAUGUCGACGGUAGCUAAUAAUAUCCCAAACAUGUACUCCAUUGCUUUGAGUACUCAAGCUUUGUGGGCUCCUUUAGCUCGUAUUCCAAGAGUUGCAUGGACUUUGUUGGGAAACCUACUGACAUUGGCAAUUGCCAUUCCUGCAUACUAUAAAUUUGAGUCUUUUAUGACUAUUUUCAUGGAUGCUAUUGCAUAUUACUUGGCUAUUUACAUUGCCAUUUCUCUUACUGAGCACUUUGUUUUCAGAAGAAGUUUCCAAGCUUAUAAUGCCAAAGACUGGAACCGUUGGGAUAAAUUACCCAUUGGUUACGCUAGUUUUGUUGCUCUAUUUGUCGGAGCUAUUGGGGUUGCGCUUGGUAUGUCAAGUGAAUACUGGCAAGGACAAAUUUCGAGAGCUUUGUUUGACCUCUUUGGUGACAUUGGUUUCGAAGUAGCCGCCAUAUUCACAUUCAUCGUCUAUAUUAUCUUAAGACCCUUGGAAAUCAAAUACACUGGUCGUUGA